CUCCUUCACCCUUCAAACUCUCUUGUCUCUUUCUCCUCCACUUCUCGCAGGUGCCCGCUGGAUGGCCACCCUGACCCAGAUGCACCGCCUGGGCCGCCCCAAGCGUCCCCCAUCCCCGCCGGGCCCCCUGGAGGGCCACCCUCAGCUCAAAGGGGUGGUCCUGAAGACCCUCAUCCGCAAGCCCAAGAAGCCCAACUCGGCCAACCGCAAGUGCGCCCUGGUGCGCCUGAGCACGGGCAAAGAGCUCGUCUGCUUCAUCCCUGGCGAGGGCCACAACCUCCAGGAGCACAUGGCCGUCCUGGUGGAAGGCGGGCGCAAGCAGGACCUGCCCGGCGUCAAAGUCCGCAUCAUCCGCGGCAAGUACGACUGCGCCCACGUCAAGAAGAAGAUGGCCUGACGGAGGACACGGCCGGUGGGGGCGGGGCGGGGCGGGGUGGGAGGGGGAAAAGCAGAAUUAGUCCGACGGGACCGAAUGGAGACAGCGGGGUUGCAACCAGAGUUUGGAGCAAAAAGGUGGAAGAGCCAGUUUUCGAUCAAAAUUCGGAAGGAAAGAUCGGCUGGAGAGCUAGCUGUAGAUCGAAAUUCGGAAGGAAAGAUUGGAUGGAGAGCCAGUUU